GGUAAACAAUUUGUAAACAAUAGUACCAACAAUUUUUGAUCGACUAACUUCUCAAUAUUGUUCAUACACUACCGCGUGUAAUUGUAACCGAUCCUCCUUUCCGCGUGGCCCACUCGGAAGCUGGGUACCGGCGUCUCGCAGGUUCCCGCCGAAAUCGUAAGUUGAGAAAACUCAGAAACUCGGGCUCGUAUGAACUACGCAGUAAGAAUGAAAUGCACCACAGGCACACAAACGGUGCGUCCUGCCCUUUCGGAAGAUUCGCUGAUCACAGUCUCGAUGUUGAAAACUGUCUUAAGCAUUUUGUCAGAUCUGCAAAAGAAAGUCAAUUUCAUCAAUGCCGUGUAUAAAGAUACUGCUGCUGCGCGUAAUACAGGAUCUGAGCUAGACUCAUACUCAGAAAAUAACUUGCGGCCAGUGAAAACAAUCGAGGAACUGAACGAGCUGGAGAAACGGGCGAAUUGCGAGAAUUUUGUUUGGGCUGUGGUCAAUUCCUUGGGGCGAGUGCAUGGUAAAGACCGACACAUAGGCAAUGGGAUAUCUAUAUGUAUGCAGCUUGUGGAUAAGUUCUUCGAUCAGGACUUCUUGGGUGGCUGCACAUGGAGUAAUGCACUAGAGAAAGACAAAAUUGCCCUGGUAGAUUUCGAAAAAACGCUCAGCAUACUGUACCAAACGGUGGUCUAUUGUGAUCCCGAUUUUACUGCAAUGGAUAUGAGAAACAUUUUGCAAAACUGCAUGCAAGCGGCAACGGCAAAACGUGAGCAAACAAACGGUAGUAAUGCAGAAGAACCAAAAAGUACAACAACCCCAAAACGUAAACCACUACGGCGCAAACAAAACCAACGUAAAGUUAAUGGAAAACAAAACAGGAAUCUUCCGGAAGGUCCAGCUGACUCACCGAAGGUCUGUAUAACUUUGAGUGACGACGACGAAAUAGAGCUCUCUUCGACGGUCGUCAAUACAGCAAAAAGUUCUGAACCCGUCAUCGUUGGAUCGCAACCCGCAAACACCGUUCUGUCGAGUUACGUUCCAAAACCGGAACCCAUAGUUAUGCAGAGUUUCACAACGCCAGGCUCUCCAAAAGAUCGAAAAGCGACGAAUGUCUCUGCACUAGUGUCUGUCGAUUACAGCAUAGUACCUCCGUUUCUAAAUAAGAUUUUUUCACCAGUGAAAUCCCUAGAGGAACUUUGCGCAUUGGAGAAAAAAGCAAGCAAUGAAGGAUUUGCUUCGGCAGUGGUGGUGUGUUUGGGAAAAAAUCAUGGCCAAAAUACCAGUCACGGUGAAGGAAGAAUCGUUUGUGAGCGUCUUUUGACAACGUUUUUCGAUCCAUCGUUUUUGCGUCAAUGUACUUGGACAAAAGCUGGAAACGAACAAGAAAGAACAGCUUUAGAGGAAUACACACAAACCUUUCUCCUAUAUUAUCGCACAGUAAUCUUUUCUGCUCCAGAUUUUACACUAACUGAUUUGGAAAACUUUAUGAUGAGUGUUGUCGCUGAUUCGACAAGCUCACCGAACAAGCAAUCCUUGGUCCAGGUUUGUGUAGCUGUGCCAGAAGAACCAAAUGAACUUAUCCGAGAAGAGAUCGUCGAAAUGAUCGAAGAAGAAACAAAAGUAGCUACUCAAGAAGCAACAAGUGAAACUGAUGUUACUGCUCUGGAGAGUAUGAAUAUUGACAAUUUGAUCGAAACAGUACAUAUAGAUGAAGCCGAAGCAGAUUUUCUCUUUGACGAAUUUAUCGAGGAAGAAGUGGUCUAUGAAGAGGAUGUAUGCAUGAUACAAGAAGAGGACGUCAGUGAGUACAGCUACCAAGAGACGAACAAUAUUGAUGUAACAAAGCGUACGGAGGUCGCAGCGGAAGCUAUUAAAGAUACAGAAAAAAGCAUCAGCCAACGAACGCGCAGCAAGGUCUUCUCACCCGUUACUUGCCUAGAAGAACUUGUGGAACUCGAGAAAAAUGCCUGCAAAGAUGCCUUCGUGCUGUCCGUGGUAAAUUGUUUGGGGCGAGUGCAUGGAUUCAGAGGAAAGGGUGACGCAAAAAUGGUUUGUCAGCGCCUCGUUAAUAGGUUCUUCAAUGAGAAGUUUUUACGGCAAUGCUAUUGGAUUGGGAUAAAUUCGGAUAAAACGAAAAUAUGUUUAGCAAAUUACACAAACACUAUCAAUCUGUUCUACCAAACAGUACGUUUCACGGAUCCCGAUUUCACUCAGCUACAGGCAAAAGCUUUUAUCAGCCGACUAUUGCAUCAGUACAACUCAUCGCCUGGAGCAGCUCGCGGAAAACGACGUAAAAGUAAGAAUGAAAACUCAAUCGAUGAUGUAGUAUAUGGCGAACAGAUAAAAACCAAAAAGUCAGACGACUCAGAUAUGGAAUUCAGCUAUGAGAUAGAUUACAUUGAUGUUCCAGAAAGCAGCGAAGUGUUAGAGCAACUUGCAAAGAUAUGUUUCAAUACGUAG